CUGCAUCCAUCUCCGCCCGAGGGCCCAGCCCCUCCUGGGCGGCCGCCGCUGCUGACUCUGCGGGGCGGAGCGGAGCAGAGCGCAGUGCCCAGGUCUGCCGGGUCAGGUGGUUGGGUGACGCCCCGGGAAGGAGCUCUCCUGUAGGUGUGGGCCUCCGGAGAAGGGGUGGGUGGGGACUUUCCGGAGGCGGCGGCAGCUGCAGGAGCCACUCUCGGCGGCCCCAUCCCCAGCUCCAGCCCAGGCGGCUGCAGUGCGAGCCCAGCCCUUCCCGCGGCCACUCCGGCGCUGGCCACUCGUGGUGGCAGGGAGCUGCGAGCGAACAUGGACAGCGGGGAGCCAGGUCUACUGAAAACGGAUCAAGUAUCUGAGGAAGGGGAAGAUGCUGCUGCUACAAUCAGUGCUACUGAGACCCUAUCUGAGGAAGAGCAGGAAGAACUAAGAAAGGAACUUGCAAAGGUAGAAGAGGAAAUACAGACCUUAUCUCAUGUGUUAGCAGCCAAGGAAAAGCAUCUAGCUGAGAUCAAGAGGAAACUUGGAAUCAAUUCACUACAAGAACUAAGGCAGAACAUUGCCAAAGGCUGGCAAGAUGUGACAGCCACAUCUGCGUACAAGAAGACUUCAGAAACUUUGUCUCAGGCUGGACAGAAGGCCUCAGCUGCUUUUUCUUCUGUUGGGUCUGUCAUCACCAAAAAGCUCGAAGAUGUAAAAUUGCAGGCCUUUUCACAUUCCUUUAGUAUUCGAUCCAUUCAACAUUCAAUUAGCAUGCCUGCUAUGAGAAACUCACCUACUUUCAAGUCAUUUGAAGAAAAAGUUGAAAACUUAAAGUCUAAAGUUGGGGGAAAUAAGGCUGCCGGAGGUGACUUUGGAGAAGUCUUGAAUUCCACAGCAAAUGCCAGUGCCACAGAGUCUCUGACAGAACAGACAGAGGAGACCCAGUGAGAUUAUUGCCUUUGGUUCUGCUACCCACUGCCAGAUGCUGCAAGCAAGACCUAAGCACAUUGAUAGAAUGGCCUUGGCUGCGAGUUUCCACCAAAUGUGUUUUUGUUUAGCUUUAUGUAUUCAUUCAGUUUGUGGGGUUAACUUUUUUCAAAUUAAAAUGUAAUGAAUGGA